AUGUUGACACCAGAGGCUGAACCAAAUGAGUUCAUGCCUUUGCUUGCUCUCGUAUUCGCAAUUCAUCAGCGCGAUGAACGUACAGGUGCAUACUUACGCAAUGCCACACUAGCUGAAGUGGUGCCACUUCCUGCACUUGAAAGGUCUGCAGUGCUAGAUUACUUGCUAGGAAAGCGUGACGCUUGGGAAGGCAUUGUCGCUCGCCCAAAUGAGGAGAUUGGCGCUGCUGGACCUGCUGUGUCUAACAUGGAGUCGUCUCAAUCCAAGGCAUCGUACGAAGGAGCGGUGGAUACGAAGACGCUGGAAAAACGCAAGAUAUCGAAUGGACCCGGCAGACCCGCCUAUGUGCCAGAUCCUGAGGACGCAGAAUUUGUUCGUCGCCUUCGCUCUAAAUACGAAAUUGUCCUCAUGGACCGAGACGAUGUCUUACGUGGCUCUCUUUCCAGUGAAGUCGAUGACAGUGUUCUCAACACACGCGCGUCUUCAGACCUUUUAGUUUUGCGUACGAUCAUUGGACCGCGCAUCGAGGCAGCAAAGCGUCGGUCUAAUGCGCCGCCACCCAAAUCAUCUUCAUCUGCAUCUGCAGCAUCGUCCCGAUCCUUAGCCGCAUCUUCUCACGGUGCACGCAAAUCACGGGCUCAAGAUCCCAUUAUUUUAUUGUCCAAUUCACCCACAGCCUUGAUUAACAUGUUUAACGUCAAGGCCUUACUGCAAGAUGGCGUCUUCAUUCACCCAGAUGAAGCAAGGAAGCAGGCCGGUGGUAUUCCUGAAUUGGUCGUGUCAAUCCGAGCACCUUCUGCGGAUGAUCACGCAGCAUCCAGCAAUACCGGUACACUAUCGCGACGUAUUCUCGUUGUCGACAGUGCUGAGGCUGUGAACCGACUUGGCAAUGGUCCUCCUGGAACUGAACAAGAUCCAUGGAGUCGUGUGAUUGCUGUAUUUACCACAGGACAGGCUUGGCAGUUCAAGUCGUAUCGAUGGACGGACCCUCGCGACCUUUUCCGCAAUGGUAUGUUUCUUGAUCGCCAUAGACCUGCCUCACGAGUUGGGUGUACUAAUCUUUCAGCUAUGGGUGUGUAUGUCCGAUGGAACAACGAGACAACAUCUUCUCAGGUCAAAGAUUGGAACGUGACACAUUUACAAGUACGUUUCGACCUUAGAAUGCGAGGCAUGAGGAUCACUGACUGUGAUACAGGUUGA